AUGUAUUCCCCCGUGAUGCGUCGAAGUGUUCGGCGACUACCGCAGACACCAACCGAGUCCCCGGCUCUAGGACACCGUCAAGUUCAGGAGGUCCGAAGCGCUGAUCCUAUUAUAAACAACGGUUUCCUGUCACCAGACAUGCGACAACCAUUGAGAUCACAAUCAUUCAAACAUCGUCCUCGCCCCUUGGUGGAAGUGAAGAAGACUGCUUUUGAAGAUGUGCCAAAUGAGAGACGAAGAAGUACACCGACGAUUUCAAGGCGAUGCAGUUUACACAGGCGUAUCCAAGAGCCAAGAACGGACGUAUGGCCAGAACCAAAACCAGCAACGGAGCUUGACGAGAAGUUUUUGAGACUACCUUUGGGCGACGAGUACAAGAGAGUCCGCCAAUUCAAAAUCGACGAAAAAGGAGCGGUCGUAUCCCGAGGCGAUUCAUUCCGAAGAAAACGAAGUGAAGUCACUGUGAAAAGCGACAAAUCACCUUCGCCUUAUCUAAUAUCCGGAUCCGACUCGGCUCGAGACUCCCGCAGCGAGAGUGUUUCGUCUAGCGAAGAAUCGCGACGGGAAGCAGCUUCAGCCGCGACUGAUGAUCCAUCAACUAGUCACAAAGCGUACAAGGUCUACGUCGUUGGUGACACAGGCACAGGGAAGUCGUCGUUGAUCGGCCAGCUUAUCACUUCAGAAUACAAAAACGCUUUUGCCGAUGAAAUACAAGAUUACGAAAACACUGUCUCGAUUAGCCUCGGAGGACAAGAGCUUGACCUGAUAUUUUUCGAGAAUGACAUGGCUGAUACCACAUGGCUCACAGAUGAAGUGGAUGCAUUUGUCGUUGUUUAUAGCAUUGAUUCGAGAAGAAGCUGGAAACAAGCGACGAUGGCAAUUGAGAUGAUCAGAGAUUCGAGUCAGUGCCGAAAUUAUCCCAUAAUAGUUGCUGGAAACAAAGCAGAUUUGGAACGAAAACGAACAGUGACUAAGAAUGAAGUUCGAACAGCAUCGGCCCAUUUUGGUUUCGAACCACUUGAAAUCUCUGUUGCGCUGGACCAUGACGUUGAUGAUCUGCUUGUGAGCCUUGUCGCGGAACUAAAAGAUGCCUAUGCACCGAAUACGUCUUCCGUUGAAAAGCCAUCACCACGUAUCGAAGACGAUUUUCAUGCAGCGAUUCGUCGUUACUCGCAAAGAAAGAAGAAGGCACUGCCAGAAAACGUCAAUUCAGGAAAAUGCUCUACAUUAUCGCCUACCUGCAUUUUCAAUAAGUUCAAAAAUUGGAAGAAAAGCGUGUCGCCGAGAUUACAAACUUAAUAACGGUCGGUUAUCGUCAUAAUUCGUCGUCGCAUACUGGUAGCAUAUGGUUAAUCUGUCUUGUCAUAUUCUUAAUUUUUGUAAAUUUUUAAUUCAUGUGUAAUUUGCGAGAUUAUUUCCUCUUGUUUGGUGUGCGCUAAGGUGCAGAAGCUGAAUUUUUGCACUAGGCACUGACAACUUUGUAUGUAUCAUAUGUUUUGUGUUUCUUUGUUUUCUUUUCUUUUUCUUAUGUUACUGAUUUUUCAACCUAUUUGGCCAAAUGUUCUAUUUCAUUUAUUUUUUAUUGCCAUCCGAUUUUGUGCCCUUGCUUCUACAUAAUGUGCACCCCUAUGUCAAACGAGAUUUCUCCCUUUGAAGUGCAAAUUUGUAUGAUUGUUGACCAUCAGCUAGAAUUGAUAUGUAGAGUUUUGCAAGAAGACAGAUCCCCUUGUAAUGGAGGAGAG